GUAUGCUUUACAUAUGCUAGCUGAUUAUAUCCUAUGCCCAAUCCACGGUGUAUCGGCCGUCGUGUACAGAUAGCAUAUCAUGCAAGUGCUGAUAAAUCAGGUCGACCACGAUGUAAUCAAUGAUGAAGGGUUCAAAUAUGAGACGUUGUUAUAUACGGUCAGACAUAAUUACCGCGAUAUGAGUGUCUGAGAUAUACCUUUUUUCACUGUUUCGUAUGGCUUUGAAGCGGUUGUGAAGCUUAUGUUCGAACAUGGCGCCACCUGUCAUGACCGUCUCCCGGAAUUCGAUGACGGGACCCCGUUGAUCGUCGCAGCGAAACACGAUGAGGUAUCCCUAAUCCCGCUACUGCUCGAGGCCGGUGCUGAGCUUAUGGAUACGGAUUCCCGCGGUCUUACAGCGUGGCUGCUGAAGAAGGAUUCCCGAAUCCUGCUGGUAGUUGCUGCCAAGCAUAGCACCCCUGAAUGCGUGCAACUAUUGUUGGAUCUGGGUGCGAAUAUCGAGUCUGUGAGCUUGUGUGCUCUAAGCUCUCUUGUGCAGAAUGCUGAAGGCAACACGCUCUUACACAUCGCAGCUGCACGUCGGAGUUUGCCACUAGUCGAACUGCUUCUCCGACAAGGGGCAAAUGUUGAUCCCAGAAAUCUUGACGUGAAGCCGUUUUACUUCCGACUCGACCUUGCAUUUGCGCGCCCUGUUACGAUCGAUCUUCGGAUGGACUUGUUUCGGGUGCCGGUACACUGGUCCAGGGAGUGGUGAUGAUCUUUACCUUGCCAUGAUGUCUUGACUUCGGUCGGUCGGGCUUGGUGGGUGUCGAGGAGGUCUGAAAGGUGUCCCCUCUUGUUACACUUUGAUGUUGGUGUGCUUGAGUAUGGAGUUUGCUCGAUGUUAGAUAGUUGCAUGAUACUUCCCAUUUUCGUUUCCGAUGACCUUUUUCCUUCCCUAAUGUUCUUUGUAACCCUUGUAGUUGUAUUCCUGUCAUUGGUGGUUGAUGGAUCCUGUCUACGCAGCACAGUAGUACCAACUCUUUGAAGAUCGCUCCCGCACAUCUAGUCGGUGCGCCUUGAGACGCAAAUGUCAUGGGCCUGUAUCUGCUGCUGAAAAUCUGAACUCUAUAUUCGUAUCUACUGUGCGUUCACAGGCACGCCAAACCAUCCGAGGAUCGCCUGGUGCCAUGACAGAUUUUUCCCUUGAGGCUUCGUUCCCGCUGACGGCCGCGUAAUCUCCAUCCAUCCCUCUACGCCGCC